CAAGUAGGGACGUUGUCUUACUCAGCAGCUGAGAAGAAACCGCAAGAAUCCGGGAAUUACUGAGGUGUACUUGACGAAGAAGGCUCAUCUUUCCCCCAUUUUUCCUUUUCUUAUUUCUAACUCGCGUGUUUUGCGAAGAUGAACGUUGGCUGCGUCGUCUUGGCUUGCACCUUACUUGUGGGCGCAUCCUCGGGGAGUAAGGCAGGCCAGCCCCUGAAACCUCCUUGCAGACCAGGCUUCUCCCAGAACUUCUACACGGUGAUUGUCCCCAGAGAUGUGCUGCACGGGCAGAGCAUCCUCAAAGACACCACCCUGUCCGGCGGACGUGUGAAGUUUGAAGAUUGUCAGCGCAACAGAGAGGUUGGCUUCAUCAGCAGUGACCCCAACUUCAGCGUGAGGCCCGAUGGGACGGUGUAUGCAGAGCAGGAGGUAGCCAACCUGUCAGAACCCGUCCAGUUCAUGGUUACAGCACGGGGGCUCCAUGAUUCCCACAUCUGGGAGACCACUGUUAAACUGGCCCUUGCUGGACAUCUUCAUCCUUUACCGCUCAUGAAGCUCGGCUUUGAAGAAAUGCUGUCGAGAGUGUGGGACUCCCAACCCAGGGUGAUCAAGUUUUCUCGAAAACAUCAGAGAGGCUCCUCGGCCAACGGGCUGAGGCGGCAGAAGAGAGACUGGGUCAUCCCACCCAUCAAUGUGCCUGAAAACUCCCGCGGACCCUUCCCUCACAUGCUUGUCAGAAUCCGCUCGGAUCAGGAUAAGGAUGUUGGCAUCCGCUACAGCAUCACUGGCGCAGGUGCCGAUCAGCCCCCGAGUGGUAUCUACAACAUUGAUCCCAUCAGCGGCAACAUGUUUGUCACCCAACCCCUGGACAGAGAGGAGAGGGCCUCGUUCCAUCUGCGCGCUCACGCAGUGGACAUGAACGGGAACCAGGUGGAGAAUCCGAUUGAUCUGUACAUCUAUGUGAUCGACAUGAAUGACAACAGACCUGAGUUUCAGAACCAGGUGUACAACGGCUCUGUGGCUGAAGGGUCCAAGCCAGGCUCGUCCGUGAUGCAGGUGACAGCCACAGAUUCGGACGACUCCACCACGGCCAACGGUAUGGUGCGCUACCGCAUCUUGUCACAGACGCCCCACAGUCCCAUCCCCAACAUGUUCACCAUCAACAGCGAGACCGGAGACAUUAUUACAGUGGCGGCCGGCCUGGACCGAGAGAAAGUAUCCCAGUACACUAUUAUCGUCCAGGCCACUGAUAUGGAAGGAAACCUGAACUUUGGACUUUCCAACACAGCUACAGCCCUCAUCUCCAUUACUGACAUCAACGACAAUCCCCCAGAACUUACAGUCAGGACGUUUUCUGGGGAGGUCCCAGAGAACAAAGUCAAUGUGGUGGUGACCAACCUGACAGUGGUGGACAGAGAUCAGCCCCACAGCCCCAACUGGAACGCAGUCUACCGCAUCGUCAGCGGGGACCCCUCUGGACACUUCACCAUCCGCACUAAUCCCAUCACGAAUGAGGGCAUGCUGACAGUGGUCAAGCCGGUGGAUUUCGAGAUGAAUCGUGCCUUCAUGCUGACUGUGGUGGUGUCCAAUCAGGCCCACCUGGCCAGCGGCAUCCAGUCCUCUCUUCAGUCCACGGCAGGGGUCACCAUCUCCGUUCAGGACGUGAACGAGCCGCCCGUCUUCCCAGUCAACCCCAAGAUGAUCCGUUUUGAGGAGGGUGUGCCGGCAGGGACCACACUUACAGUGUUUGCAGCCCAAGAUCCAGACCAUUUCAUCCACCAGAUUGUCAGGUACUCGAAGUUGUCAGAUCCAGCGAACUGGCUGAAGAUAAACAGGACCAACGGUCAGAUUACCACCAUGGCAAUGCUGGACAGAGAGUCCAUGUAUGUCAAAAACAACAUGUACGAGGCCACAUUCCUGGCAUACGACAAUGGUAAGUCUGGUUCGCCUCAAGCCAGUGGGACGGGGACCCUCCAGAUUUACCUGAUCGACGUGAACGACAAUGCACCGGUGCUGAUCCCUCGCGAGUCCCAAGUGUGCGAACACGCACGGCAAAACUCAAGGAUCAACAUCACAGCUUCAGACGCUGAUGCCGAACCCAACGUUGGGCCCUUUGUCUUCGAGCUGCCAUCUUUUCCCGGCAGCGUUCGUCGCAACUGGACCAUUUCCAGACUGAGCGGGGACUAUGCUCAGCUGAGGCUAAGGAUUCCUUACCUUGAGGCGGGUGUGUAUGAAAUUCCCGUCAUAGUGUCCGAUUCGGGGAACCCUCCUCUGUCCAACCGCUCUUUGAUCAGGGUCAAAGUGUGUCCCUGUGACAAUAAUGGGGACUGCAGCACCACGGGGGCCGUGGCUGCUGCCGGCCUCGGCACUGGAGCCAUCAUCGCCAUACUUAUCUGCAUCAUCAUACUGCUCAGCAUGGUUUUGCUGUUCGUGGUCUGGAUGAAGCGGAGAGAGAAGGAGCGGCAGGCAAAACCCCUGCUGAUUGACCCAGAGGACGACGUCAGAGACAACAUCCUCAAGUAUGACGAGGAGGGAGGAGGAGAGGAAGACCAGGAUUACGACCUGAGCCAGUUGCAGCAGCCAGAGUCUCUGGAUCACAUCAUCAGUAAGCCAACGGGGGUGCGCCGGGUGGAUGAGAGGCCUGUGAUUGCUGAGUCGCAGUACCCCGUCAGACCCAGUCUGCCCCACCCUGGAGACAUUGGCGACUUCAUAAAUGAUGGUCUGAGGGCAGCAGACAACGACCCCACUGCCCCUCCUUACGACUCCCUGCUGGUGUUUGACUAUGAGGGCAGUGGUUCAACCGCCGGCUCCGUCAGCUCACUCAACUCCACCAGCUCAGGAGACCAGGACUAUGACUACCUCAACGACUGGGGUCCUCGCUUCAAGAAGCUGGCCGAUCUCUACGGAGGAGGGGACGAUGACUGAGAGUGGAGUGGGGGGUGGGGGGGCUGU